AUGUCGACAUCGCACUCAUUUAGGAGCCCUGGGUAUGGAACACCGAGGUUAAUCGGAGGCUCAUCGGAUCUAACAACUACGAGACUCGAAGCGGAUGGUGGUACUAGCAUGGUCAUCGCCUCGUGCUACAUGCCACACAACGAGGACGCACUACCGGAUGUGAUUCGUUGUCUAGUGGUGAAUUUUCAAUCGGACAAUCUACUUAUCGGGUGCGAUUUCAACUCCAGGCAUUCGAUCUGGGGCAGCUCGGAAAUAAAUACUCGCGCACUCCUACGUUCACGUUUUCUAGCACCGCUGCCUUCAGGGGCUGGGAAGAAGUGUUUUACAUAA